AUGGGGUGCAACAGGCAACAAACAAAUACAAAGCUGAAUGGACUGCUUGCUGAUGUCUUCUCUUGCCUGUCUCUGUGCCGGUGUGUUCAGGGCCAGUACGGGAUGUCCAAUGCCUGGCAGCUGGUAAGCCACUCCCUGCUGCGAUGGAGACAGCGCGGGCUGCGUGCCGACAAUACCAGCGCCAUCGUCCUCACCAUCUCGGAGCCUCUGGACAAGAACACUGCGGUGCGCAAAGAUGAGGUGCUGCUAAACCUACUGGACGGGCCCUUCUACAGCCAAGACGAGGGCCCUCCUAGCUCCUGGUCUCGCUGCUCCACUCCGCUCAUCGAGAGAGCAGAAUCUGAUGUGGCUGAUGUGACCUCUGAGCGUCUGCCUCCACUGGAGCGCCAAAAUGGGCUCUCUGCAAAGAGCCUGGGAUCCAAGAGUGAGUCUCACCGACCCACCAGCAGCCCCGGCUGCUUACCUCAGCCUGUUCCUGAGUCUCCCGAAAGAGCCCUGGCUAUGACCAAUGAGAACCAUGCCAGCUGCAGCUCUCCAUCUCCCAGCCUCCCGGACCUCCGUCCUGCCAGGUUUCACAGCAGCAUGGGCACAGCAGAGGCGCCUGCCUCCGCACAGCCGCGGCCUGGCUUGAAACGGACCCUGGAGGAGUCCAAUUCGGGCCCAGCCAGCAAGAAGCUUCGGCGCAGUGUAUCCCGCUCUCCUGAGAGCCCGUCCCCAAGCCACUGCGCCCCCCCGAAGCGCAGGAACCCCGACAGGCUCUCCAUGCGCCGCAGCCUGAGGGGGCACAAACCAGCGGGUAUCCCAGCUCUGCUGCACCAGCACAGGAAAAGCAUCUGUGUGUGCUGAACCCCUUUGAGGAGCACAAUCCCACACAGCCUCCUUCUCAUGUUACUCAAGACAGGCGUUGGAGAACGCUCGCACUGUACAUAUAAAUAUAUAUAUAUAUAUGUAUAUAGGUUUUGUAACUUACGUGUUUUUUUUUUUUAAAUCUUAAACAGCUUUUUAUUUCUUGUGAGGUGUGUGUUUUUCCCCCCCUAAGUAUAGAGGACUUCUAUGUGAGUAAUUGUGUAAAACUACCAAAAAAAUGUGUGUGUUCUUCAGACAACUGCCAUAUUGGCGAAUGGUACUUUUUUUUUUCAAUGUCUCAAGUUUUAUGGUGUAUCCUUUUUUUCUUUCUUAAGGACUUUUAGCAAACUCCAGCUUGCUGUGUUUUAUCUGCUUGUAAAUAACACCCCAUGCAAGACGUACAGAAUUUACAGUAAAAAGGUUUCAUUGAAUAAUAUGUUGAUUAGAGCAGAAUAUAUUUUUAUACAUUCAGUUAUAUUUUCAUAUUUUCCGGGGGGGGGAAAAGGAUACAUCAUUUAUAAUUGAGAUGCAUUGUAAAUGUUUUAAUAAAUAGUUUUCUGUAUCAUUAAUAAUUUCAGUUUGUUUUAAAGGGGGUGACAUCAGUGUUCAUUCUCAUCUAGUGGUGCUGCUGUUUUUAACCAAUAGAGAUUUUAUACCUGAAACACAAAGCAAUGUUUUGUCUGGUUUAAACGUCAGUUCUCAUGAGUUCGAGUCUGUGUCCAUUGUACAGUGUUUACAUCUAAAUAAACCCUUGAUCUGGUUAUGGGGGGAGAAUAUAGAGGAGAUGCUCUGUGCAGUUAUAAUGAAUUCAAAAUGCACUUGUUCUGCGGAUGAAUCCUAGUGUUUUUCUUUUUCUGUGUAACAGCUCCAAUGCUAAUUUCAUUGAAUAGCUGAGUUUCAUAUUCUACUGCACUAGCAAACAGCUAAACUUGUACCAUGUGUUUGUUAUUGAGCUGCUUCUGUCCCCACAGAAGUGUCACAAACGGGAAUCAAGUUCAAGUCUUCCUGUAUUACUCAAGACAAGCAGUUUUGGAGUCAGAGUGGGAGGUUUCUAUUGCUUUAAAAAAGAAAUUCAAACUUUGGAAAUGGCAAAAGCAGUGAGCUCAAUGUGGGGUAUUCCUUACUUCAGUAGCUAAGCUGUGUUUUGCGUUACACUGUAGAUCUGGUGAUCUAUAGUAAUCGGCACGUUUGCCUGCUGUGCAAUGAAGACUUCUUACCUCGAUCAACUUGCUAUUGAUUUUGUGUGUGAUUGUUUUUAUUUAUUGUCUCAUCUGUUUGAUCAAGUUCUCAACCCUUCCACUUGUUGCACAGUUCAUCACAAUGUGGUGUCAUUUUCUGCAUUCCCAUGUUCUGUUCUAUUUCCUGGUUACAGUAUAAUGACCACAUGUCUUAAUAAUACAAUUCCCCAGUCAUCAUAAUGUAUUGGAGAGAGGGGUAGGUGAAGGGUCCUUUUGUAAUUGGUGUGGUUAUUAGGAGCAUUAAGGGUUGUCCUGGUUUCACUGCAACAUUGCCCCAUCAACCAUAAAUUAGUUGUUGCAUUUUAUGAUUCAUUUUGUACCUCAUUACUUGCAUUUUAUUUUUAAAUGCAAUUGUAUUUUGUUAUUAAUGCAUUUUCAUGUGUUGCAAAGAAAUAAACCUGUCCUAGAUAGCAGAUGCACAAUCUUCCUGUUCAACAAACAACCACGUACUUUUAAAAGCUGCUGAAGAACCUACAAUUUAGAUGAAGAAUACUGGUGCUUGUGAAGACUGGACACGGGCUCAGUAAAGGGAUAUGUGAAGUGCACCUCUGCUGAAGAAACGCUGAGAAUGCAGGGCUCUGUUCUGUUCAAACCCGGUCCUGUUUCUUCUUUUAAAUGUAUCGCUCAUGUUUUCUUUGAUAAAUAAAGCAUGGAAACUCA